CACCUGGCUUAACGGGUUUGCCUUACAUAGGUGAAACCUUCCAGCUUUACUGUCAAAACGCAAAUGUGUUCUUUGCCUCAAAACAGAAGGGGCAUGGGCCUCUAUUCGAGACCCACAUAGUGGACUCUCCUUUUGUGAUGAUUUCAAGAUCCACUUAUCCUCCCAGCGCAUACCCUCCCCCUUUUGGAGGAUACCCUCCACCUCCUGGAGGAUACCCCCCAUCUCCUCAAGAUUAUCCACCUCACGGGUAUGCGCCACCGCAAGGCUACCCACCAUCAGGCUAUCGUCCCGGCGCAUACCCUUCCUCUCCUGGAGGAUACCCCCCAACUCCUCAAGGUUAUCCACCUCACGGAUAUGCACCACCUCAAGGCUACCCACCAGCGGGCUACCGUCCUGGCGCAUACCCACCUGCUGGUUACCCGGGCGCAUCACAAUCAGCAUCAUCUUCACCAUCCUCGUCCUCAUCCCCUGGGUUCCUCGCAAAACCCAGGAACCUGAACUGGGUUCCACGCGAGGAACCCAGAUCUGGGCUCCCUGCGAGGAACCCAAAACUUGGUUCCUCGCGUAGGAACCCGAACUGGGUUCCCCACGAGGAACCCAUUGAGAAGAGGAUGGUGAAGAUGGAGGACGGUGAAGAUGAUGCCGAGGAUGAGGGGGGAAAGAAAAAAAAAAUGCCAUUUAUUGUGAUAAUGGCUGAUGCUGUUAACUGCGAAAACUUGCAAGCUGAUGAUUUAGGGCAUGGUGGUGUUGAAGCGAUGAAUGCUGGGGGUGCUGCCGCCGCUGCAGCUGCUUGUUGGGCUCAGCAUUUCGCGCAUGGUGGUUUGCACCCUAUGGGAAGUUCAAGUUCAAGUUCAAGCAUGGUGGGAGGUUCAGACAUGGUGGGAAGCUCAAGCAUGGUGGGAAAUUCAAGCAUGGAAAAUUUAAGCGAGGAAAGCAUGGAAUAUUUGGCGAGAAAUUCAAGUAGUGGAAGUGAAAUGCUUUCUGAUUCAUGAAGUUUCAAGAAUCUCAGAUUGUGGUUUCUAUCAUUAAUAAUCCAGAUAUCUGGUUCCCUCUUCUAUGCUUCUUGCCAUUGAGGCACAUCACCUGUUGCUGAAAUGGCCGUUUGUAAACGCACUUCAAUAUAUAUGUCUUUUGAUG